UGCUAUGGCGAGCAGCAAAAACGCCCUGCAAUCCUUCUGGGAAAGGAUGUUCCAGGACUAUACGAAGCAUGUCAAGUACUUGCAGACCCAGAACCCGACCUGGGAGCAAAUGGUAGAGCUGGAAAGAUACCGCCAAGCUCUUCUUGAUUUUAGAUUUAAUGGCAAGUGUUCCAAGCGUCGUGAGGGGAUACGUAUGAAGGAGAUGCAAGAGUAUAUGGAAAGCCAGAAAACAAACCUGAAAAGAAAGUUAUCUCAUGGCAACAACACACCUCGAGUUCAGGAGCAGGCACUUCGCAGUUUAAUUCCCGCCCGUAAAUUAUUACAACUAAACGACAGAGUCGUCCGUGCUUUAAACUUUAAUUCAUCUGCCUCCGAUCGCCUGAAAGAGCUGGCCAGGAGUAGAACAAAUCCCCCGCAAUGUGGGGCCAAACCCUGGAAGCUGACCAGCGCCAUGAGGUCUUUUGAGCCCAGUGAACGCCUGCUGAGUUUGGCCUGCCACAGAACACCUUUUAGGGAGCCGCGUAACCCGUUUAAGGUUUCCUCAAGUGCCCUAAUUUACGAAGCUACUCCAAGGAUUCUCCGUUUGGCAGAGCUAAACAAAAAGAAUGUAAACCGGCACCAGAGAGGUCCGUCAAAGCCAUAUUGGUUCGGACCCACACAUCGGAUUUGGGAACUGGCUAAGCCAAGGGUGCGCGAGGAUGGAAUAUACCGCAAAACUCCCUUCAAGGUAGCCGAGGGUGCCCUAAGGGCCAAAGCCUCGCCACGUGUCUUACAGCUAGCAGAGCCAAGAAUGUAAAGUGCAGCUCCAAAGUGCAAGGUCAACGUGGAUUGCGGGGAUCGGAAAAUAGUCUAGGAAGAAUAUCCUAUUAUUUUCACAUCCCUGUAAUCGGUUCUUAGAAAGAAAUUUGUGAUUUUUAAUACAAUAAAAUCCCCAAUGGCCAUAAAAGGUGAUAGCGAUCUAAAGAUUACCAUUUUUAGAUCUCUUUUACCCUUUAUAAGCCGAUUGGAGUUGGCCGAUAUAAA